ACGUACACCAUAAACUGCUGAUUCGCGAGAUGUCGAAGCCGGAAAAUAAUGUGACAGCUCUGAACUGGCGCCGACUCCAUUUGUCCAGGGCGAAACUUAAAGCCAGCGCGAGGACUUCGGCUCUACUCGCGGGUUUUGCCAUGGUGGCCAUGGUAGAAAUAAACCUCACCAAAGAUAUACCGGAACCUUUGUUGAUCGCUUUCUGUGUGUGCACCACACUCCUAGUAUCCGUUCACAUGUUGGCGCUGAUGAUUUCUACGUGCAUACUCCCAAAUCUGGAAGCCGUCGCGAGCAUACACGGGAUCGCUGCCGUCAACGAAUCUCCGCAUGAGAAGAUGGCUGUGUAUAUUGAAAUUGCGUGGGGUUCCAGUACAGUCUUCGGGAUUCUUUUGUUCAUCGCUGAGAUUGCAAUCAUUUGCUGGGUAGUUUUCAUCGAUUCCCCACAUGCAGCUAUCGCAGGCACCAUCGUUCUUAUCCCGGUCGUCUGUUUGUUCCUGUUUUUCGCACUGCAUUUCUACCGGAAUCUCAUUGCUCACAAAUUCGAGCGCAGCGCCCAGAACGUUCAAGAAAUGGAGGACAUGAUCAAACAGUUGCAAGCAGGACCCCACGUACUGAAUCCGACGUCGGCUGUUCUCGAAGUCUGAAGUAGGAGAAACAUUUCUACGACUUCGUCGUGGUAGUCGAUCAGGCCACCGAAAUUCACAGCAGCUCACUCGGUAUCAAGAAGCUCGAUCGGGUUGUGGCCGAGCGAAGACUCCUCAUGACCUCAACGUCGUGCAAGGAGUUAAGCUCUCUCGCGCUCGACAGUAGACCUGCUCUGAUAUCGAACUAUGAAGCUAUGCAAUUUCGUGAGAAACUUAGGUCCAAAAGGAAGCUAUACAAAGUGGCUAAAAGCGUGCGAUAAGAUUUCGGCAGAAACCAGUCCGCGGGAAACUUCAGAUGCGUGCGAGGAGUGGAACAUUCGCGACGGUCCAUUCUUGACGGUCUUUGCAACUCAACACGCAGAUCGCAAGACUUUCUCCCUCCCUCGACACCAAGCGAAGAUUGUCCGCGAAGGAUGGACGAUCCGCACAGCUUCUCUAGCUCAUUCAGCGACAUUGUUCUUUCCAGUGCCAUCGCCACUGAAUCCCAGUCGGCUCCCCAGGUCUAUGAUGAAUGUUUAUGAAAGUAUCUCUGAAAAAUUGCUCGUGGAGUUCAUUGCAUCUGUACUCUGUAGACCUCGGGUAGGACGAUCUGAGAGGACUCGUUUUUGAUAGGAGAUUGCUCCAGCGCGAGGUUCCACAAGCCACCUGAAUUGAUUUACUUAUUCGUAAACCUAUCAGAACAGUUUUCGUUGUCUUCCCACCGCUGUGUUCUAUAGUUCUAUCAUCAAAGAUGGACUGUCAGUUGGAAACGUGCAGAACACGAAAAUAAUUCUGCGCUGGACAGAGCCAU